CGGUUGGUGGUUUUGUCAGGGACGAUGUUCAGUAAUUUCUUUUCUUUUUUCUUUUUAUUAAAAAAUCUGUUGGAAAUCAAUAGCUUUCUCUCUCUUUAUUUAUAAGCGUGUAUAGAUACACACAUAUAUAUAUACACGAUCUCUGCUCUGCUUUCGCUUUUAUUUCGCUACACCGGCGGCGUUGGGAUCGAUCUAAGAUCUCCAUUGAAACGUCUUGUUUCUCGUUCUCUGAAUUCUUCUUGUUUCAGAUUCUGGGUUCAGCUUGUGCUAGGGUUUUGAUUCUGAUCAGAGCCUCCGCUUUUUUUUUCUUUGGGUUAAUAUUUUAUUCGACGGAAAAAGCUUCCUUUUUUUCCCUCUCCGGCGAUGGUUUUAUCGGUGAAGCAAACCGUCGCGGCGAAGAUCGGCGCAUGCGAUCCGCUUUUCCGGCGGAACCCAUCGUGCCUUUUCCGGCGAUCUCCGGCAUCGUUGUCGUUUCCGGGGCCGGAGCUCCCGAAACGCGCCGUUUUGGCGGUUUCGAAGCCUCUGCACCUCGGUGCUAUCGCUCUGAGGAGAACGAAGUCUCCGGUGAAGUGCAACGCGUACGAGGCGGACCGAUCGGAGCCCCAGCCCGUCGAUGCGGCGGCGGUGGCGGCGAAAUCGGAUGCGGCGAAGAGGGUGAGGAUCGGGAUUUACUUCGCGACUUGGUGGGCUUUGAACGUCGUCUUCAACAUCUACAACAAGAAGGUCUUGAACGCUUACCCUUAUCCAUGGCUGACUUCGACGCUGUCUCUCGCCGCCGGUUCGCUCAUUAUGCUCGUGUCUUGGGCCACCGGAAUCGCCGAGCGGCCGCAAACUGAUUUCGAGUUCUGGAAGACACUUUUUCCGGUUGCUGUGGCUCACACAAUAGGACAUGUAGCAGCAACUGUGAGUAUGUCAAAGGUUGCCGUUUCGUUCACUCACAUCAUCAAGAGCGGUGAGCCAGCGUUCACCGUUUUGGUCUCGAGGUUCCUUUUGGGCGAAACCUUUCCGACCUCUGUCUAUCUUUCCCUCAUUCCUAUCAUCGGUGGUUGCGCUCUCUCCGCUCUCACCGAGUUAAACUUCAACAUGACUGGUUUUAUGGGAGCAAUGAUUUCCAACUUGGCUUUCGUCCUCCGGAACAUAUUCUCAAAGAAGGGUAUGAAGGGGAAGUCCGUGAGCGGGAUGAACUACUAUGCUUGUCUCUCCCUUUUAUCCCUCUUGAUUCUCACACCAUUUGCGUUUGCGGUCGAGGGUCCACAGAUUUGGAUAGAUGGAUGGCAGAAGGCUCUCUCUGAUAUUGGACCCCAAUUCAUCGCGUGGGUGGCUGCCCAGAGCGUGUUCUAUCAUCUGUACAACCAAGUGUCAUACAUGUCGCUAGACGAGAUCUCUCCCUUGACGUUUAGCAUUGGUAACACCAUGAAACGUAUUUCCGUCAUUGUCUCCUCCAUCAUCAUCUUCAGCACUCCCGUCCAGCCCAUCAAUGCCCUUGGUGCCGCCAUUGCCAUCCUCGGAACCUUCUUGUACUCUCAGGCAAAACAGUGAGAGCUGAAGCCAGUGGAGGAUCAUGCUUGCUUUCUCCGGCGGCCUGUGUGAAUGCUGGUUUUCCGGUUUAAUUCUAAACCGGAAGCGGUUUAAGUGUAGAGAUGUAUACCCAAUAAUGAUGAUACGGCGUUUCAAUGUGGUAGGCAGGUUUUUGGUUUGUCUUUCUAUAUAAAUAUAUAUUUCCAAAAGAGUGUUGAAUCGGGGGGGGGGGGGGGGGGG